AUGGCUCGGGUCCGCAUUGUUCGAGCGGGUGGGGUAGGAGGAGAGGGUGGGGAAGGGUGUUGGGACGAAGAUGAAGUAGGGCUGAAUGGGCUGGCCGGUUCGGGUGGAGUGGACGAGUUCUGGUGGGCCGGAAGUGGGCUGGUUGGGGAUUGGAAGGAAUGGGCUGUAGGUGGGCUGUUGGUAGAAGGCAAGGGAUGGACAAUGGUGUUGUUGGAAGUAGGAGGGACAGGCUGUGGAGAUUGGGCCGAGGAGCUGUGGGCCGAAGGUGGGGAUUGUGGUGAUGGCGGGGUGGGUUGUGGAGAUUGGGCCGGUGAGGUGUGGGCUGAAGGAGUUGGGCCACUAUUGUUCGGCGAUGGGUUGGCAGUGGAGCAAUUAAAGCUACAUGGCGAGGUCGGAGGAAGUAAACAGUCAUUCCCUGGAAAACGAUGA